AGAUCAGCUGGCGCUGUCGGCCAAAGGUGGCAGGCGCUGUCUAGUCGUCAUAUUUACAGGCCUCUGUAGAAUUGUUUGUUGCUCCAAGUGCAAUUGUUUUAUAUCAUAAUUACUAUAGACGAAGUUAAGUGAGACAAAAUGUCUACGAAAUCACGAACGAAGCAGGACAAGAGUGGUGAAAUAAUUGCAUACAGUGAGGGUGCUGUUAGGAAUAAUGCAGCCGUAGUUCAGUACUGCAGGAUAUCCAUGGCAGCGAUGUCUGGGGGCACUGCUGGUUUACUGGGACUUACCGGACUCUAUGGAUUCGGAUUCUACAUCUUUGCAGUCUUCGGUUUAUGGGCUUUAUUAUUAUUCAAAGCUGGAGGACAAUGGAAGAAAUAUUUCAUUAGCAGACACAGCCUAUUGACGAAUGGAUUUUUUGGAGGCCUUUUCACGUAUGUACUCUUCUGGACAUUUUUGUAUGGUAUGGUACAUGUUUACUGAGAAUCCAACAUCAGAGGAAGAAUCAUCAUUGGCUAUUCCAAAGUGCAUUUUUAAGAAUUAAAAUAAGGAUUCAUACUUGUUGAUA